AUGAAGCUUCUCCUAAUAUUCAUUCCAUUUUCUUUUUGUUCCAGUAUUCAUAAAAUAUUGUUUGAACACUUAUUGGGAAGAUACAAUCGGAUAUCAUUUCCUCCAGGUCUUCUUGGUAACCGAACGAUUCGAAUUGAGUUCAAGCUGAGACUUGAUCAAAUCGUCGAUGUUCAUGAGAAGGAUCAAGUGCUUACCGUAAAAGGGACAUUGGAGCAUUAUUGGUUUGAUUCUCGGCUCUCAUGGAAUCCUGAUGAAUUUGGCAAUGUUACUCUGAUGCAUUUUCCCGGAGAAAUGCUAUGGUUGCCGGAUAUUAUUUUAUAUAACAAUGCUCACGGUUCACCAUGGGUGGCACAAACAACGCAAGUCGAUGUGACGUAUGAUGGCCGAGUGACGUGGCAGCCGCCGGUAGUUUAUGAUGCGUUCUGCAACAUCAACAUUGAAUGGUAUCCAUAUGACACGCAGACGUGCGAAUUAAAAUUUGGCUCGUGGACGUAUCCCGGAUCCCAAUUGAAUUUGGUUCAUCUCUCAACGGAUAUCGUCAAUCAAACCAUCGAUGAGAAAGGCGAAAAUGUGUGGAAAGUUGAGAAUGGUGUCGAUUUGAUGAGUUAUCAAGAAUCUGUGGAAUGGGACCUUCUUUCGGUUGAAGGGGUCCGUCAUAAGAAAUGGUACACAUGUUGUGAUUACCCGACCAUUGAUAUCACCUAUUACUUGAUUAUUAGGAGGAAGAAACUCUUUUACACAGUGAAUUUAAUGGUACCUUGCGUUUCCCUAGCUUCUCUAACCUUAUGGGUCUUCUACCUUCCCUGUGAGAGCCAUCAGAAGAUCCAGUUGUGUAUUUCGGUGCUGGUCACUUUGACUGUAUACUUCCUUAUGCUGAUUGACAUCAUCCCACCGACUAGUAUAGUAACCCCAUUGAUUCUUAAAUAUUUGAGCUUCACAAUGAUAAUGGUCAGCUUAUCAGUUACAAGUACUGUUAUAAUUCAAAACAUCCAUUAUCGGACUUAUUAUCAACCGAUGCCCGAAUUUAUCAAAAGAAUUUUUAUUGAGAAGCUUGGCAAUAAGCUGCUGAUUACGAGGAAGAUUCAAGCUGCUAAUUAUCACAGAAGCGCGCAGCAUGUGAAACAAGUCAACGCGCUAUCGGCUAUGAAUAUUCUGGAGAAGCAUUUUCAGAAGACGUUGUUUGAUUUAGAAAUGGCGACGUUUACCAAAACGAAAAAACCGAAACCUCCGAGAACCGUUAAUCAAAUCUUCAUGGAACUUCCGAUGAUGGCCAGAUCGAAAUCCGUCAAGAUUCGGAAGGCUUCUGUGAAGCUUGUCAAGAAUCGAGUACGCCGCCUUCUGAGCUCCGACAUGACCGACGACGCCCAAGAAGCGGAAUGUAAGCCGGAAAAGGUGGAAGACAGUGAUCCGGAUAGGGAAAAGCUUCGAAAAGCUGAAAGGAAUGUGCAUUUCAUUGCGAAAACGUUGACGGAUGCGAGGAAGCGCGAAGAGGUGGCGGAAGCUGAUUGGCAGUUCGUCGGCAUGGUCAUUGAUCGAAUCCUUUUAAUAUUCUUCUCGAUAACCAUUGCUGUUAGCACAGUAUUAUUAGCCAUCGCGUCACCGUCAAUGUUCGACGACAGAAAGCCAUUGGGAGUGCAGAAUAAUUAUUUUGAACCCGCGUUUUAA